AUGGAACUAAGAGGCUCCAUGAUGCAAGAGGAUUUGAUUGGAUAUUUGGGCUCUGUUAAGGGAAUAGGCCAAGGUGAGGCCCAAACCAAAGUUUUCGUUUCUCUUGCGCUUUUUGAUUUGGCCAUGCCCUUUCAAGGGACGACUGAAUACUGCGUGCGGGGACAUCAUCGCAAGGUUUCCAAGGGACAGCCAAUGGAUGAAAUUGGGCGGUUAUAA